AUGUUACGCAACUCUGCAUUUCUGGUUAUUGCUGCUCUGCAUUGGCUCAUAACACACAAACGUAAGUACAGUUUUGAUUCAGUACUUUGGUAGACAGAUUGACCCUAAACUGUUUGGGACAUGUGGACUUUACUGGAUCCAGCAAGGUUACUUGUGUUUGUAUAUUUGGGGCUAAAAAGUACUGCCAGGACCCAAAGAAGACAAAUUGUGUUCCAUAUGUACACAAUAUCCCUAAUUAUAUCAUACCUUAGUACAGAUUUUAAUUGUAAGCCACUUUGAGAGCCCACUGUGGCUGGAAAGCAGGAUAGACAUAUGAUCAGUAAUAAAAUAAAUUGUUCAGCCUCACUCAUCAUGAGGAUCCUGUUGACUGUAAUCCAUGAAAUAUAAGUGAUCAAAUAUAUGUGAUCAAAGACAAAAUCACAGCCAGGGCCCAAGUGACAACGUAAUGAUAUAAAAAUGAUGAUUAUUUAAACAUGAACAGCUAUACAUGUAAACAUAUGUGAGUAUGCUUCAUGACUUUCGUGAGCAUGCACACUUCUUCAGAUACCUGAAGUAUUUGAAGAAGUGUGCAUGCACACGAAAGCUUAUACCCAGAACAAACUUAGUUGGUCUCUAAGGUGCUACUGGACAAUUUAUUUAUUUAUUUCGACUGUGUCAGACCAACACAGCUACCUACCUGAAUUGGUAAUUGCUGUUCUUUUUUCCAGGCAGUGCUGGCAAUGUUGCCAUUGCAGAUGCUUCAAUAAUCCCAGUUGGAGGUAAAUCCUGAGUGUGUCUUAUUUCAACGUAAACCCUUCCUUAUCCCACUUGCCUGAGAUGGCAUAUGUAAUAAUAAUAAUAUUUUUGCUGUUGCUGCUGUUUGUUGGAAUUUGUUGCCUGCCCUUCGCCACAAGGUCCUGAUGUGGGAUAUACAUUCAUUCAACAAAAUGGCAUUAAAGCAUCGUUUUAAACCACAAAAGGCACAACGAUUACUACAGGGCAAGAGGGUGGGGGACAGAACUAUCUGAUCUUGUCUGCUCCCCAGAGGCUGAAUUAAGAUGUGUCUUUUGCUGGCUACAAAAUAUAAGAGAAGGAAUAGAGGGAAAUGAUUCACUCUCAAAUUAUAAAACCAGGAGUCUUGCAUGACUAUUUGCAUGGGUGGCGGCUGCAGUCAAGUGCAGAUGCCUGAUUUUGGGAAAUGCUAGGAAAACAGUACUUCCUGAUGUCUGCUGAAAGUAAACUGCUGUGUGUGGUUGUGCAUGCAAUAAGCCUCUUUUGGACUGCAGGCUACUACUGUGUAAACUCGACAAUUCUGUGAUUCUAUGUCUGAUGUACAGACUCCUCCUGAGUUCACUGUGCACCCAGAUGGUUGUGUGAAUAGACCUUCAGAGUCAUUCAUCAAAACCAAAAUCAGAUUCAAGUGCGUGAGAGAGGCAGCAAAAUAUCUCUUCACACAGUUGUAUAUGGUUAACAUGUGAAACGCCACUAGCACACUAGUAUAAACUGAUAGAUUAGACAACUUGCAUCAAAGAUAAGUAAGUGGCUAUGAGCAUUGACAGCUAGAUUUGUAUCUUCUAUAUUGAGAGAUAAUAUAUUCAGAGAUAAUAAAUCCUUUAAGUUGGAAUUGCGUAAGACUCAUGAUCUCAUGGGUUGGAACCCCAUGUUGGGUGAAAGAAUCCUGCAUUGCAGGGGGUUGGACUAGAUGACUCCGGGGUCCCUUCCAGCUCUGCAAUUCUAUGCUUCUAAGUACCACAUUCUGGGGACAAGAGAGAGUGUGGAUAUUGCCAUAACACCCUUUUUUCUGAACUGCCACAGAGCAUCCAGUUAGCCACUGUCACAAAGACUGAAUGGGAUUUUAAGUGGACCAUUAUAUGAUCUGACUUCAGUUCAAUAUCCAUGUGCUAUCUGUGUUUCUGCUUUUGUUUUGGCAGUAAAUAGAGGUUCUUCUUUUUCUCCACAUCCCCUCCAGAUCCUAACAUUGCAGUGGGAAAAAUGUCGUCCCAGUCCAGCACAUAUGAAGAAAAGGGGAAGUCAAAGAAGGCCAUAGAUGGUUCACUGGCCAACAGUUAUGCUAAUGGAGACUGCACCCUGACGAGGAAGGAUUUUGAGCCCUGGUGGAUGGUAGAUUUGAAUUCAGCAUUUCAGGUAUCUGCUGUGGUGAUCACAAACAGAGGAGACUGUUGUGAGUCAAGGAUAAAAGGAGCUGAGAUUCUCAUUGGAGAUUCACCACAGAAGGGAGGCACGAUGAAUCCCAGGUAUUUCUCUGCUGUUAACAAAUGUAUGGUGAUGGAAAACCAAUAAAGAUGACAUGCAAUAUGAUCUUACUUGGAAGUGAGUCCUGUAGGGUUCAGUGCAACCUACUUUCAAUAAACUUUUCUUAGGAUUGGAACCUUAGACCCAAUCCUAAAAAUAUUUUUGUUGUGACUAAGUCCCAUAGAUUUCACUGGAGCUUACUAUUUAUUGUUUGUUUUUACGCAUUUAGCACAAUUUAUAUACCACCUGAUGUGCAAUCACCUUAUCAAAAAACAAAGACUUUCAAGCUGUUUGCAAUGUUCCGAGAGUGAAUCUGCUGUAGUUUUCGCUAGCAGGUUUGUUAAUUAUACAUAACUGAAAAAAUAGACAGAUCUGGAAGUCAGUUAGUUGUGUUGGUUUCCAGAGGACUUGGGGGAUUUGGAAUCUGCAGUAUAAGACCAUUGAUUCCUCACUGAUGAUGUUGGCAGGGCUCAAUCUGAAAAAAAUGUACUACUAAAACAUGAACAUCCUAACCCUCUCAGUUAAAUAAACGGAGAGGCUGCUUCUUGGUUUUAACAUCUAUUGCAUCAGCCACUCUUGUAGUCCAUCUGUAUCUCCUCUUCUCUCCCUUUGGAGGGACGAGCCUGGAAGCUUGGACUAUGUUGCCAACUGCCAGGACCCAAAGAAGACAAAUUGUGUCCCAUACAUACACAAUAUCCCUAAUUAUAUCAUACCUUAGUAAAGAUUUUAAUUGUAAGCCACUUUGAGAGCCGACUGUGGCUGGAAAGCAGGAUAGACAUAUGAUCAGUAAUAAAAUAAAUUGUUCAGCCUCACUCAUCACGAGGACUGAACCUGUUGACUGUAAUCUAUGAAAUUGGUAGUUUCCAAAAGAUAUUCUGGAGGAUGCUGUCAUUGCAUGGAAGCUUCCUAGGGGGUUUUCGGUGAGAAGUCUAGUAAUGGUGAACACAUCAUCUAGAUGGUGCACAAACUAAGAGCUUGUGGACUCUCCUUCCUUGGAGGUUUUUAAGCAAAGGUGGAUGGCCAUCUGUCAGGGAUGCUUGAGUUGAUAUUCCUGCAUUGCAGGGGGUUGACUUGAGGUCCCUUCCAGCUAUGAUUCUAGGAAUCCAAACAUCCCCAAGCAUCAGCUUCCUCACCACUGCUAGUCUCUCCCUGCAUAAUGCAGCUAUAGGCAAGUGUUGAAUAUGGUUUCCUUGUGUGUAUGAAUAAUAUGUGUAUGAAUAACAUGCAGAGUAAGAUAGACCUGUUGUAUUAACAGAGUAAGUAUUCAAGAGCAAGGGCAUCCAGUAUGGUCCCCUCCAGAUACUACGGACUCCAACUCCCAUCAGCCCUGGCAAGCAUCAUUGGCAAUCAAGACUAUAGAAGUUACAGUCCAGUGACAGCUGGGAGGUACCACAUUGCUGCAGAACGUGCUGUAGAAUUGUCUACACUUCUGCAUAGUUGAGCUAUGGCAUCUCGAUCACAAUAUGUAGUGAUGACCACUGUCGCAGAUGACUUUGAAAGGGGAUCCAAUAAAUUCAUGGAGGAUAUGGCCAUCAAUUGCUACUAGCAAUGAAGGCUGUAUAUUGCAACCAGCAUCAGAGACAGUAUGUUGGGGAGUAUGGUCAGGGGAGUGCUGCUACACUCAUGUUCUGCUUGUAUUGUGGCUUUCCAUAGGCAACUGGUUGGCCAUUGUGAGAACAGGAUGCUGAUGUAGAUAGCCCUUUGAUCUGGUCCAGCAAGGCUCCUCUUAGGACGUUUAACUGCAAAGAAAUGAUUGAGCAAAAUGUUCUGUGUCUCUUGCUGAUAUCAUUGAUCCUUUUGGCCUAAAUAUUGGUGGGGUUCCCAUAUUUCCAUGUGCCAUAUCUCCACUGUGCUCUGAGGUCAUGCCGCUGAGUAAUGCUCUAGUUGCUUUGCAGGUGUGCUACAAUCAACAGCAUGGGGCGUGGGGAAACCAUGUCCUUCACCUGUGCAGGGAUGCAGGGCCAGUAUGUGACCAUUACAAUCCCGGGGAGAUACGAGUUCCUCUCACUCUGUGAAGUGCAAGUUCUCGCACACCCAUGGCUCCAUGUGGGUGAGUAGAUGGCCUCUGUUGUGGAUUUGAUGUGCACAGCAAAGGAACGUGUUGUUCAUGCGAUGCGGGAGAACCAAAUCACUGAUUGUUAGAAAACCCCUAUUAUCACAACUCAGGUGAGAGAGGGCCUUCCUGCCUUUUCUAGAGCUGACCCAUGAAUAGAUAAUGUCUGUAGCUGCCAAUGGGGCUGCAUUGCUCUUCCAUCUUUCCAACAUUGUGUGUCACUACAACUUCUGGGGGGUGGGCAAGGCAGUGGGAGUUUGGCAUGGUGUGAGAGGAGCAAUGGAAGCAAUCCAACGCUCUAGCUGCUGCAUGUAUUUUGUACCCGCAGCACAUGACGUUCCUGCUGCCUUGCCUCCCCUCUUGGUAACAGGCAGGGAAAAGACAGCCGGGUAAUAUUCUAGUCUAUGUUAGUCCUAUUCACCGUUGAAGUCAAUAGACAGGACUAACUUAGGUUUCUUAAUUUCAAAGGGUCUACUCUGACUAGGACGUUGUUGGACACAACCCCAGGAGAGCAACACAGCCCCACUGGCUGCUACUGGAGAACAGUAUGUCUGUCGAUGGGGAGUAGAAGCUUCUCCUGCCUCCACAUCUACUCUUCUGCUGGAACUUCACCUCUCUCUUUCCGUUCCUGAUGUAUGACAACCCACAGUUUCGUCACAUACAUUUGGGUUGUUGUUUUUUAAAAAAGCAAAUAAUUUAUUAAUUUCAUACAACCCAUACAAAAUUUAAACAUCAAGAAUAUUAUAGAAGUUUACUAUCAUAGACAGACAGAUAAUAAAAAGCAUAUAUACUUUCAGCUCCUGUCAGACAUAAUCUUCAUUUUACUGAAACCUGCUCUUAUAUUUUCCCUGACAUAAUAUGUUUCAGAACUUCAUAGAGCUAUGUAAUCAAUUCCCUGCCUUAAAAUUUGCAACUCACCCUUUAUGUAUUGUGUUGCCAGGUUCCGCCCACUAAUGACACUAAUAACUUCUCUGAACCUCUCUCUCUCAGCUGUUAAUUUUACAGCAUUUAGCUGUUCUGAUAUCUUUCUUGCUAAGUCUCUGUUAUUAUGUUUCUGAUUAAUUAUCCAGGCUUUUGCAUAUAGUAUUUUAGCUAGAGUUAUAAUAUAUAUAACACUUGGUUUUGAUCGCAUACUCUUAUAUGGUCUUUUACAUAAUAUUUUACAUGAGGAGGUCCAAUGAAACCUAGCAGCCCAAUAUUUCAUGAAGGACUGUAAUAACCAUUUGCCUUAUUUCAUUUCCACCAAAGGUGAAAGUUUGGUUACAUAACACUUGUGAGUAACGUGAAUAUUUUUCUCACCAGUGUCAGAAGCUCAGACGUGUCAUUUCUUUUGCAGUUCAUGAUGGUGGACGGAGCCCUGUGAGAGACAGCGAAACUGAUUUAGGUAAGUGCUCAGUUGUGUGUUGGACUAUGACUCCCAUCGGCUCCAGCCAGCCAUGACCAAGGAUGAUGGGAGUUGUAGUUCAGAAGCAUAUGGAGCUCCACAUGUUCCCCGCUGCUUUGCUGAACAGUGAUUUCCUGUAGAAGUGCUAAUGAUGUUUCCCCUUCUAGGUCUGCAGGGCAGAGUUCUGAGUUUCCUUAAUGAAUCGAAGGAGAGUUAUGUUGUCAUAUCUCCACUGCAGCCUCUGAAUGUCAUGGAAUUCACACUCUGCAUGAGAGUCUCAGUAGAGGAUCUGAGCGAUCGCAAAGUCAUUCUCUUCUCCUACCGCUCUCAAAAGGACGAACUGAGGAUCUUGCGUGAGGCAAAGGGCUGCUUUGGCUUACACAUGGGGGGUCAGAGUGUGAUGUUUGCCCUCCCCGAUCUCAGCACUUUGGGAAGUCAUAUGUGUGUCACCUGGGAAGCUGAGUUUGGCCUCACCGCCUUUUGGAUGAAUGGGAAAAGGAGCGUCCGAAAAGUGCACAACGUAGGGCAUAUUGUUCAGUCGGGGGGCACUGCAAUGCUUGGAUGGGAUCAGAGUGCACAAAAUCCAUCCGAACAGCAGGAACGGCAUUUUGUGGGGGAAAUAACGGAUCUCUACAUGUGGGAUUAUGUACUGAAAUCUCAAGACAUUCAAGAUGUGUUCCAGGUCCACCAGUUUCCUAGAGGAAACAUCUUUGACUGGAAAAUGUUAUCGUACAAGAUUACGGGGAAUGUGCUGGUAUUACCUAAGGACUAACACCCAAGGAGGAUAUGGGCAUUAUUAAGAUAUGCAGGAGAUCUUUUGUCUUCCUCCUUUGCAAAAGAAUAGACGAAAAGGGAAGGAGGGAAAGCACCACCUGAGAUGUGGAAGUGCAGCUGGUGUCAUUAUUCACAUUGCCUGUAAUUAUUCACAUUGUAGGAUUGUUGACUGCCGUAUGAAAAUUCUUUCGUACUGAAAAUUGUUGAAGUAAAUCAUAAAUUUUAAAUAAAACAGCCCUAUGAAUAAUCAAAUUUGAAAACAAGAUUUAUUUACUCAUGGCAAGCUGUUGUGUAUAUAAGAAAGACAUAUCUAUAACUGUACUAGGGGCUAGAAACUUAUUGUGCGUUUGCGAAAGAAAGCUGUGGAUUCUUAAAACGUCUAUAAAGACCUUGUGGCUUUAAUAAGGGUGCUCCAGGAGAUAUUUGAGAUGCAGCGAGCUGUGCUAUUUUCAUUUUUGUGACCAUUAUUAAAGUAUGUGCACUGUUGCUGGCCUCAGUGUACUGGAUAGUCUGAGUCACAAAAACCAGAAACAUACAAAUGAGAAGCAAAGCUGUUCCUAGCACCAAGGAUCAGACAAUCUAAACUUGAAGUACUUAGGGAUGCAACAAAGGGAGAUGAAAGAGUGACAAAGAGCACUGCUGCUGUGCAGGCUACAGUCUCUAAGCCCACUGCAGGCUAAAGUUAAAUAAAAUUCCAAAAAAUAAGCUCUGUGGAAUAAUUAUAUGAGCAAACAUCAUGUCAUUCAGGACAAAGUUGUGAAGAGUGCUGAUGAAAUUAGAAAUAGGAUGAAUAGUAUCUUUGCACUCCAAUAAAAUCCAUCUGGGAACCUACGGGAGAUGGGUUAUUGUUUAUCCAGUUCAGUUGAAAAUGUUUUGAGUGGGGAUUCAAGAAUCUGACCAAGACAACGUAUACACAUUUUAUUCUAGAAUCAAUGGAGACUUCAUAUUUGUGUUUUCUAUGUAGCCCACACUCAGUCUAGGUCUAGUGCCCCCCCCCUUUAUUGCUCCUCAAAAGCACUUAUUCAGAAACUGGUUUCAUUCUGAAAAUAAAAGCUCGUUGCAGAUUGAUUCUGCAUUACCUCACAGUAUGUCCAUUUCAAAAGAGAUGUAGGUGGUUCUGGCAAUGGGGAUUCAAUCUACACUUGGCCAUAGACCAAGACUGCAAUCACCACAUCCUUCUUCGUUCACCUGGGGCAUGUGCAGGGAGGAAAAGACAGGGAUAACCUAAUCAAGGGGAAGGUUUUCAAAUGUGUAUCAAGUAAGCACACACCCACUUUGUCUGAUUAACUUAUAUACACAGUCACCUAUAUAGAAAAACAACCUUUAUAUAGAAGACUGUCCCCUAACUGCUUUUUAGAAAUAUGGGGCUGGAUAGCUCAGUUACUACAGUGAUACCUCAGGUUAAGUACUUAAUUCGUUCCGGAGGUCUUCUUAACCUGAAACUGUUCUUAACCUGAAGCACCGCUUUAGCUAAUAGGGCCUCCUGCUGCUGCUGCGCCGCCGGAGCGUGAUUUCUGUUCUCAUCCUGAAGCAAAGUUCUUAACCUGAGGUAAUAUUUCUGGGUUAGUGGAGUCUGUAACCUGAAGCAUAUGUAACCCGGGGUACCACUAUACUUGCAAAGUGCUAGAACAGGCCGUACAAUUUGCAGCAGAGAAAUGGCAAGAGAAAGGGAAUACUUAGCCUUUCCUGCCCCCAUAACUUUCCUCUUCUAGUUCCUUCCCUGUUUGUUUUUACAGUCUGUGUAUAUUUGCCAUAAUAAGUAGAUAAAACCAGCUUGGAAGGGAGGAAAGUACAGCAUUUCCAUCCUAUACACUGUUCUAUAAACAGUCCUGUUUAUACUGCUUUGUGGAUGAGAAGCAGCUUCCUAGCCCCUUAAUGGCAGGUAUUAAUGUAGUUCCAAGAUGGCGGCUUUUGAUUUAUUAAGAUCUCCACCAUUGUUUUCCUACCAUGAGGUCUUCCAAGUUCUUUUUGCAGAAAGCUUUGUUCCUUCCUUUAUUUGUAAACUACAGCUUCUUCUUCACUGUUACAAGUUGUGCUCAAGGAAACAUGCAAAAGCCACAUCCUUGGCACAUGGCUACACAAAGAACCCUUCAGGCCUUUCCUGUUUUCAGAUGGGUUUCAAUCACAUACAGGUGAAUUCAGGUUUUGUAAUUAACACUGACUUGGAACCCUUGAACAAAAAAUAACCCUGCUCCUCCUCCCUGGCACAUCAGAAUUUUUGCAAUAAGGAAAAUAAGGGGAAAUGCACUGGGAAUUGUAGUCCAAAACAUCUAGAACACUGGUUCCCAAUUAGGGGGUCCGUGGCCCCAUCCCUCGCGGCCCCCCAACUAAUUUUUUGUCAUUUUUGCAUGGUAAUAUAACAAAUUUUAUGGUCUGUUUUAGCGCUGUGCAAUUUUUCAAUAUACUGUACAAAAGCACUUUUGAAAUCACACCACGAUCAGGGGCGUAGGAAAGGGAGGCAGGGAGCCACCCCAGGUGCCAUCAUGGAGGGGGGUGACAAAUUAUCAAGGAACAAUUACUGCCCUACUAGGGAGGUUCAUUAAAAAAAACUUUUUAAAAAAAAUGCCUGCUCCAAAGGUCUUAUCUUACUACACUAGGGAUGAUAUAGCUACAUAAGAAAAUCAGUUAAUAUCUUGACCCUCCUCCAUGAAAAUAGCUGUUUAUUUGGCCGUUUUCCUAUGUCGUGAAGGCUGAAAUUUCAACAAAGCACAUACCUUUGCUAGACUCUUUUCAGGCACCUGCUAAAAGCAUUCUUCUUUAGGCAAGCAUACCUAGAUGCUUAGGAAGUUGAAGUAAUUUUAAUCUUAAUAUUUUAGCUUUUGUAUGUUUUAAAGUAGGAUUGUUAAUUUUUCUUGAUUUUACUGCUGUGGUGUUUUUUUUUGUUUUUUGUUUUGGUAAACCACUUUACAGGUUUUUAAAAAUAAAUUUUAUUAAAUAAAUAGGCAAUAAACAUAAAUAAAAUAACACAAGCCAAAAGACAAUCCACAGUAUCUGCCCACAGUCGUCUACUUGUUAUCAGAGGCUCAGAAUCCACAUUCCUUUGUAAGAAAAUAUGAAAUAACGUAAAAUGAUUUUUGCAGGCAAAAAUUAAAAAAUCAAAAAAAUCAGUGUGUGUGUGGGUGACAAUAAAUUUUCUGCACUGGGUACCACCUGACCUUCCUACGUCUCUGACCACGAUAACGAUUUUGAGCCAGCAAGACGCAGAAAUACAGCGGUACCUCUGGAUGCAAGCACAAAUUCCCCCAGUGCUGCUGCGUGCGGGAAACUAUCUACGGAUCUAGGGUCCGUAGUAGUAGUAGUAAUAACAACAACAACAACAACAACAACAACAACAACAAUAAUAAUAAUAAAUGUAUACCCCGCCUAUCUGGCUGGGUUUCCCCAGCCACUCUUCCAACAAAAUAUUAAAACACAAUAGUCUGUUAAAUGUUAAAAGCUUCCCUAAACAGGGCUGCGUUCAGAUGUCUUCUAAAAGUCUGGUAGUUGUUUUUCUCUUUGACAUCUGGUGGGAGGGCAUUCCACAGGGCGGGCGCCACAACCGAGAAGGCCCUCUGCCUGGUUCCCUGUAACUUGGCUUCUUGCAGCGAGGGAACUGCCAGAAGGCCCUUGGCACUGGACCUCAGUUUCCGGGCAGAACGAUUGGAGUGGAAAUGCUCCUUCAGAUAUAUUGGACUGAGGCCGUUUAGGGCUUUAAAGGUCAGCACCAACACUUUGAACUUUGCUCGGAAAUGUACUGGGAGCCAAUGUAGGUCUUUCAAGAUGGUGUUAGUGGCCGCUCCCAGUCACCAGUCUAGCUGCCGCAUUCUGGAUUAGUUUUAGUUUCCGUGUCACCUUCAAAGGUAGCCCCACAUAGAGUGCAUUGCAGUAGUCCAAGCGAGAGAUAACUAGAGCAUGCACCACUCUGGCGAGAUAGUGUGUACCUUUUUGAGGGGGAAAGAUUGUGUCUUUAGAAUAUUGUUUAUAAUAAUGUCCCUUAUUACUUCAGUUUAAUCUGGUGAAUUUAAUGCAUACCUUUCCAGAUAUGAUUGCACUUGGGAAAUGCAUGAUAGAAAAGCAGAAUAUAACUCACUUAUGGGAAACAAACAAACAAACAAACAAACAACAACUGAACAACAUCGGUGUAAAGAUGAUGACUAAUUCCAAAUGUAUGACGAUCAGUGUCUGAGCUAAAUGGGUGCUUUGUGCAAAGUUAAUUGCUGGUUCUUUGGAAGGAGGCUUAGGUAAAUAUGAUAUUAAAAGCAGGGAAAAGGCCAAUGAUAAAUAAUCAUACCACUGGUUGAAAAUCCUGGCAUCAAGAACAGUAUAUCUCUGUGGAUAUAACAUGGCUGAUGCAACUCCGUAUUUACAGGCUUAUGGCAAAGUGAAAUAUACUCAGAGUCGCAAAGUGAUUUCAUGCUCUUUAUUCAGCUCAUAGUGGUGAGGAGGAAUGAAUGAAUGUCCCCUCACAGUAUCUGCUUUAUAUACAUUAUUUACACAAUGGGCUGCACAUGAUUGGCUAAUUCUGGAAUUCUACUGUAAGCCAAUCAGGUUGUGGAUUCACUUCUAUCUGGAGCAGGAUUGGGUGGUUCCUGCCAACCAAUCAUACUGCUGCAUUGUUCUAGGACCAAUCAGACUGCUGCAUUCUGAAUCCUAUUGUUCUAGGACCAAUCAGACUGCUGCCUUUUGGAUCCUAUUGUUCUAGGACCAAUCAGACUGCUGCAGUUUGGAUCCUAUUCAACUCAGUACAUAACACCCCCCCCUCUAAGUUCCAGUCCUGCCCGGGAGGUCACAUUCAUAGUCCUCAAGGUAUGCCGGCGGCCUACGUGUGCGUUGUGGCCUGGGGUGUUCCCUGGUCCGGGCUCCAGGUUCUGGCUCGUGUUCCAAGGAUGCUGGCUGUGAUGGGGCUGUUUGGUCUGGUGCAACCGGCUCGCUCAGUCGUGGUUCUGAUUCCGGUGUCCUUUCGGCCUCACGGGUCCUCUCUGUAUUUACUGAUUCUGCCUCUCCUGCUGGCCCCUCCUGCUCUAUGGGCCUCACGGCCCCGCUGUUCCCUUGGGACUCCUCUGACCUGUCCUCCUCCUGGUUUUCUCCCGGGAAUCGUCGCCGUAUCUGGUCGCAGUGGCGGCGCCAGCAUUGCCCCCCCAUCCGUUAGCACCUCGUACGACACGGGGCCAGUGACCCUGGUGACUGUGGCGGGUACCCAUGCUGGGCCUGCCCCAAAAUUCUUUGCGUACACUGGGUCCUGGGCCUCGAAGGUCCGGAGGUUCCUGCCUUCCGCCACCAUUACCUCAUCCUGAGCUCUAUCGGGGUGAAGGCGGUCCAAUCUGAUUGCAAGGCGCCGACCCAUUAGUAGUUCAGCGGGGCUCCGGCCAGUCGUUGAGCUGGGGUGCUGUGCUGUGCUAGAAGGAAUGUGGCAAGGCGGUACUCCCAGUCCCCUUGCGUCAUGCGGCGAAGGGUGUCCUUGGUGGUCCGCACCAUGCGUUCUGCUUGGCCAUUGGUGGCAGGGUGGAACGGCGCCGAACGGAUGUGGCGGAUGGCGUUCUGCGCUGUGAAGGUUUGGAAUUCUCCUGACGUAAAUGCAGUCCCGUUGUCUGAGACGAGAGUGUCAGGGAGCCCGUGGACGAAGGUGGGAUCCCGCUGAGCUGACUGCCACACACAGCACCGCAGCACCGCCAACUGCCGCACCGCUGCCUCGCACCGUGUAUCCAGGCUUCAGCUCCGGGACACAAGGAACUCAGAAUGGCAGCCAACAGCAGCUUCUCGCCAUUCAACACAGCAUCUGGAGACUGGGAAGCGUACGCCUCCCGUUUCACCUUCCUCCUAGAAGCCAAAGGGGUCACCGACGAAGAAGACACCAAGAAGAGGGCGAUAUUCUUCAGCGUCUGCGGAGAGGAGACGUUUGAAAUCGCCCGGGCUCUCCUUGCGCCUGAAGACGUCGCUACUGUUCCAUACAAAACAAUAAUGGAACAGCUGAAGGGGCACUUUUCGCCGCAGCCCUCAGUGGUGGCUCGUCGAAAUGCCUUCUACGCAAAGCGGCAAGCCCCUGGGGAAACCAUAACUGGGUUUGUGACCUCUCUCCGCCAAGCCGCCCGGUUCUGCAACUUCUCAGAGCUGGAGAACAUGCUUCGUGACCGCCUCGUCGGUGGCCUGAAGGAUGAGAAGCUGCAACGACGCCUCUACGCUAAGAAGGACCUAACGUUCCAGGUCGCUCUGGAGGAGGCCCUGGCAACGGAAGCUGCCGAGAGGUCGACGCAAGAGGCACGGCUGAGCCUGCCAUCCCAACCGAGGGUCCACCACGAAGACCUCACAGACGACUCAGGAUCCGACAGGGAGGAGGUGCACCGAGUACAGCAGCGCACUCAAGCAGCGCACAGACCACAGCUGCCUCGACGAGAAGGAGGGAACUGCGCAAGCUGCGGGGAGAGUCACGAGAGGAGGACCUGCCGUUUCCACAACGCAGAGUGCAGGCAGUGCAGAAAAUUGGGACACAUCGCCCGGGUGUGUCGGGCUCGGCCCACCCGACACCAGGCAUCAGAUGACCAAUCCAAGAGCCCCAGGUCCCGGGGCCCAACGCACCAAGGCAACUCGACGGAGCUCACGGACUGCCAGGUAUACCAGUUGCCCCACCCCAACGUAGAGAAAAUUUAUGUAGAGGUACAGAUAGAGGGGGCCCCAUGCCGCAUGGAGCUUGACACGGGUUCAACUCUAUCCAUAAUCUCGGCAAGGACCUUAAGGAAACUGUGUCCUAUUGGGGGUCCCAAACUCAGGCCGGCCCCAUUCACCCUACGGGACUUCCAGAAACGUAAGGUCCCCACAAUGGGGGGUGGGGACCUUCAGGGUGCAAUACCGAGGGCGGACGCGGCAACUGGACUUGCUUGUGGUCAAGGGCCCCUACAUUAGCUUACUGGGAUUGGCAUGGUUUGGACCACUGGGGCUAGCUGUCACCGGGGUGAACCACACUAGCUUACAAGUGGACGUGGACGCCAUAUGCAAGGAAUUUCCAGGGGUUUUCGAUGGGAAAUUGGGACAGUAUACGGGCCCCCCCAUUGCGCUACAGCUUGACCCCGCAGUACGACCGGUCAGGCUCAAGGCCCGCCGGGUCCCGUUCGCCUUGAAACCCCGUAUAGACGAGGAAUUGGACCGACUCGUGGAGCAAGGAGUGCUGGAGCCGGUGCCUAAUGCCCCCUGGGAAACCCCAAUCGUCACACCCGUCAAGCCUAAUGGUUCGGUCCGCAUCUGCGCAGACUACAAAUGUACCAUAAACAAGGCCCUCACGGCCCACGCAUACCCAGUGCCAGUGGUCAGCCAUGUCCUUGCCACCCUGGCUGGGUCGCCAAUUUUUGGCAAGCUGGACUUGGCCCAAGCAUAUCAACAGCUGCCAGUAGAUGAGGCCACAGCAGAGGCACAGACGAUUGUGACGCACAGAGGAGCGUUCAGGGUAAAGCGGCUGCAAUUCGGUGUCAGCGUGGCACCAGGCAUAUUCCAGAAUCUAAUGGACUCUCUCCUUAAAGGGAUUCCUGGCGUCACCCCUUCUUCGAUGAUGUGUUGAUUGCCGGGCCCACACCAGAGGAGUUUGAGGACCGCCUCUGCACCGUUCUGCACCGUUUCCAGACGGCGGGUCUCAAGGUGAAGCGGGAAAAAUGUCUACUAGGAGUGCCUCAGGUGGACUUUCUGGGAUUUAUGGUGGACGCAGAAGGGGUCCACCCGACUGGGGACAAGGUACGGGCCAUUUGUGAUGCCCCAGCGCCCAAGAGCAAGACUGAACUUCAGGCCUUCUUGGGACUAUUGAACUUUUACCAUUCCUUCCUUCCCCACAAGGCGGCGGUAGCGGAGCCCCUACACAGACUCCUGGACAAGCGGGCCCCUUGGGUGUGGGGCCAGCGCCAGGAGGCCGCAUUCCAGGCAGUCAAGGACUUGCUUGUCUCAAACUCGGUCUUGGCACACUUCGACGAGAGGCUGCCGGUGGUGCUAGCAUGCGACGCCUCACCCUAUGGCAUUGGAGCUGUUCUGGGGCACCAACUCCCAGAUGGAAGAGAGGUACCAGUGGCGUACUUUUCCCAGACACUCAACACAACCGAGCGGAACUACUCGCAAAUCGACAAGGAGGGUCUGGCAAUCGUAAAGGGAGUAAAAAAAUUCCAUGAUUUCUUGUACGGGCGGCCCUUCACCGUGGUGACUGACCACAAGCCGUUGCUUGGCUUGUUUGCCCCCGAAAGCAGACCCCCCAAGUGCUGUCUCCUCGCGUCCUCAGGUGGUCAAUUUUCCUUGCCAGCUACCAGUAUGCACUGAUUCACCGACCUGGGAAGGCGAUGGGCCAUGCGGACGCCCUCAGCAGGCUACCACUACCGGAAACAGGCCCUGACCCAGCACCUGCACAAGUGGUUAUGAGCCUGGAGCUGCUUCCCGACCGCCCCAUUCAGGCACAAGAAGUUGCACACCAUUCCAAGAAAGAUAGGGUCAUCUCCCGGGUCCUGGACUGGGUGUGGAGGGGGAUGGCCCAGCAGCAGCCCCGGGCCAGAAUUCGCCGGCUACACAACCCGCAAACAUGAACUGUCGGCCCACAAGGGGUGCCUGUUAUGGGGAAGCAGAGUCGUUGUUCCCCAGCCCCUCCACAAAAGGGUCCUCACAGCCCUACAUGAGACACAUCCAGGGGUAGUAAGAAUGAAGGCCCUUGCCAGGAGUUAUGUGUGGUGCCCGGGGAUCGAUGGAGAGAUAGAGGCCUGGGUCAAACACUGCCAGGCCUGCCAAGAAUCCCAUCCUCGUCGCCAGUGAAAUAUACUCAGAGUCGCAAAGUGAUUUCAUGCUCUUUAUUCAGCUCAUAGUGGUGAGGAGGAAUGAAUGAAUGUCCCCUCAACAGUAUCUGCUUUAUAUACAUUAUUUACACAAUGGGCUGCACAUGAUUGGCUAAUUCUGGAAUUCUACUGUAAGCCAAUCAGGUUGUGGAUUCACUUCUAUCUGGAGCAGGAUUGGGUGGUUCCUGCCAACCAAUCAUACUGCUGCAUUGUUCUAGGACCAAUCAGACUGCUGCAUUCUGAAUCCUAUUGUUCUAGGACCAAUCAGACUGCUGCCUUUUGGAUCCUAUUGUUCUAGGACCAAUCAGACUGCUGCAGUUUGGAUCCUAUUCAACUCAGUACAUAACACACAGGGAGAACAAUGUAGUGGAAAAGUUUCAGACAGAUCCCUAGCUAUUUGAGUUCCCAAAUAUUUUGUGUCUGUCCUGAAAUUUUCAUGUGAUUUCACCUUGCUGAUCAAUGUGGUGUGAUGCAAUAUCUGUAUUGAUAUGACUGGGAGAGUCAGAGAACUGUUUCCAAUUUACCUGUUUGUUUUUAAAUUUAAGCACAUAGUCCAUGCAUGUUUGCUGAACUUUUCCUUCAUUUCAGUUUCCUUCCUCCAUUCAUCAUUUUGUUACUGACAAGGAGAAAUAUUUGUUCUCUGAGAAAAUCAAAUCAGUAUCUCGUGUCCUUAGUUUGGAAGAAUCCUAAUUGGAGGAUAUCAGUAUUCAGAAAGGUAUAUUAACCUCUUCGAAAUUCUCCAGAUGCAUUGAAGAGGAGAGUGUUUCCCCAACGAUUUCUCUUCUGAAUUUUCUUUACAAAGCCAUUGAGGAGGACACCAUGCUGUUAAGAAGAACCUCCAUAUCUGUGGCAUUUUAUCUCUGCCUGCUGCUUAUGACUCCUCUGCCAACGCGAACUUUCCAAGAAGGUAUGUUUCUGAGCUUGGGCAUCAAUUUCCCCCUUUUCUUCUCUCCUUUUCAGUGAUUCCACCAACAGCAAGAUUCCAUUUAUUUAUUUAUUGCAUUUACACCCACCUGUUUCUCCAAGGAGCUCAACGUGGCAUACGUGGUUCUCCUCAUUUAAUCCUGUGAGGGAGGUAAGGCUGAGACGCAGUGUCUGGCCCAAGGUCACCCAGUCAGCUUCAUGCUGAGUGGGGUUUUGAACUCUGGUCUGCCAGGUCCUACUCUGAUACUCUAACCACUGUACCAAAUUGGCUCUCUUUCAGAGGCUCAUCAGCCCACAGGUACGUACCAAUUCACAGCACUCUCGGUAUCUCUCCAAAUCUGAACUACCGCAGAGUGUUUCUCUGCUCUCCCCUGACUAGCUGAAGUGUAUUUUACUUCCCAAAGCAGUUGGGGGUGGAGGGAAGGAGGGAGCCUUCCAGGGCAUCACAGGAAACCUCAGCCAUGAGCUCUUGAUGGGGGCAAAGGACCAACCAGCCAUUCCUGCCUAAAUGGCCACUGGGAAGGUGUCCCAAGGGGAAAGGAUAGAUGGGAUCUUCCUUCUGAAAUGUGAAACAGAGCUCUAACAUCAGAGUGGUAGAUCUGAUGCCAAAACCUCCCUUACUCUCUCUGCCACUGGCUCUUUCAAAGCGCUGGCCUUACUGGCACUGGCUCUACGGCUUCAGAAGGGCUGGGAAGGGGGCAUUCUGGUAAGCAAUGUGGAUCCGAAACAUCCUAAGUCAUCCUGGUCCUCUAACACACCAUUAAAAUGGGAAAAUAUUGAGUCAUGUUCCUGAGUGUGACUAAAUCUCCCCCUCUCCUUUGGAAAACAUUUUUUUUUAAUGGUAAUGCGAUAAAAGGAGAGAGGAGUGCAUGUGUGUUCAAGCCUAUUCCCACAGUAAGAGAAUAAUAACCUGCGCUACAGCUCUAGGAGUCUCUCUUAGCCAGUCAAUCAGAUUUUUAUUGUUUGUGGUCAAUGGAAACUGCAAUAUUAUCUAAUAACUCUGCCGCUCCUUGCAGGAUUCACUUGCCCAGAGAACUGGUUGAAGCGUGAAGGAAACUGUUAUGGCUACUUUGAGGAACCUGUGACCUUUGCACAGGCUAGGGUAAGAGAUGGUUUAUCAUUGUAUUAGCUGUGCAUAUGAGGAGUCAACAUCCCUUUCCUCUCUGUGAAAAUAGAGAUGCUGUUUUUGUUUCAAACAUUACAAAUUUUGGACAAGAUGGAUUGUUUCAAGAAGUGGCAGAAAGAUAUUUCUAGAUUUGUUUGGCAGGGCAAGAAGCCUCGAAUAAAAUUUAAGAUAUUAACUGAUGCUAAAGAAAGAGGUGGAUUUGCCCUGCCAGACCUUAAACUCUAUUAUGAAUCAGCUGCUUUUUGCUGGCUGAGAGAAUGGCUGCUUCUUGAAAAUACUGACAUGUUGGAUUUAGAAGGUUUUAAUAAUGUAUUCGGUUGGCAUGCAUACUUGUGGUACGAUAAGGUAAAAGUACAUAAAGCGUUUAAAAAUCAUAUUGUUAGAAAAGCAUUGUUUAAUGUCUGGAUAAGAUAUAAGGAUUUGUUAGAAAAGAAAACCCCAAGAUGGCUGUCACCAAUGGAAGCGAAGGCACAGAAAAAACUCAAUAUGGAGGCCAAAUGGCCGAAAUAUUGGGAAAUUCUGGAUCAAGAUGGAGACAGAAUAAAAUUGCAGAGCUUUGAAAAAUUGAAAAAUAAAGUGCGAGAUUGGCUCCAUUAUUAUCAAAUAAUGGAGGCAUACAAUUUGGACAAAAAAGUUGGUUUCCAGGUGGAAAAAUCAAAAUUGGAAACAGAAUUGCUAGAUACAAAAAUUAAGAAUUUGUCAAAAAUGUAUAACUUGCUGUUGAAAUGGAACACUCAGGAUGAAACGGUGAAAUCAGCUAUGAUUAAAUGGGCACAAGAUGUUGGACAUAACAUAAUGAUGGCUGACUGGGAACAGUUAUGGACCACAGGUAUGAAAUUCAUGGCAUGUAAUGCCCUAAGAGAAAACUUAAUGAAAACGAUUUAUAGGUGGUACAUGACACCAGUCAAGCUUGCAAAAAUUUACCAUUUGCCCGAAAAUAAAUGUUGGAAAUGUAACGAGACAGAAGGCACAUUCUUUCACCUUUGGUGGACAUGCCCAAGGAUUAAGACAUUCUGGGAGAUGAUUUAUAAUGAAAUGAAAAAGGUAUUUAAAUAUACCUUCCUGAAGAAACCAGAGGCCUUUCUCCUGGGCAUGGUUGGCCAAUCGGUGCCAAAGAAGGAUAGAACUUUUUUUAUGUAUGCAACAACAGCAGCAAGAAUACUCAUCGCGAAGUAUUGGAAGACACAAGAUUUACCCACCCGGGAAGAAUGGCAGAUGAAGUUGAUGGACUAUAUGGAAUUGGCGGAAAUGACUGGCAGAAUCCGAGACCAGGGAGAAGAGUUGCUGGAAGAAGAUUGGAAAAAAUUUAAAGACUAUUUACAGAAAUAUUGUAAAAUUAAUGAAUGUUAGAAAAAUGUUGGAAUGAAGUUAUAUGGCUUUAGUAGAAAUGUUAUAAGGAAUUAAGUACAGAUAGGUUAACAGAGCAUUAAAGGAAAAAUAAGGUUAGAAUGAGUUAAGAUAAAUAUAGGAUAGAAAACAGAGGAAGAUGGAAAGGAAUUGCUGAAAUAAUUAAUAGAAGUGGAAUACAAAGAGGGAGGUGUGAGGAGGUCGUGGAAAUAAGUGAAUGAAAGAUGGGAUAAUGAAAUUGUUUGAUUUAUUUUUUUGUUUUAUUAAUUUGAUGUGUUGUAUUGUAUUGUCUUUUUUGUGUUUAAGUUUUUGGAAAAAUAAUAAAUAUUAUAUAUAUAUAAAAAAAGGAAAGUUUUUGCCAGGCACAAAAUCAUGACUUUUCAGCCUUCGUAGCAUUUAUCUGUUUCUCUUUCAUUCUUCUGCAUUAUUGUUUUAAUGUAAAAAAAAGAUGAAAAAUGGAACAAGGGCAAAACUGGUAUUAAAUUAUGAGCACUUGGCACUAGUGUUUGCAUAGGGCUGGAAGGCUUAUCCUGCAAAGGCUAAACUGCAACCGGGGGCAACUUAAUUGAUAAAAAGAAAGAAAGAAAAAAGAAGCUAAACCUGACUCUGUUGAUAGCUGAGCUCUAGCUGUUGCAGCAAGCAAACCUUUGUUCAGUUUUGGUAGAGGAUGAUUUGAUUAAAAAAGAAAGUCAAAGCUAGCAGCUGGGGACUGUGUCUAGAAGCUGGUGCAACCCAUAGAGUGAAUGGCAUUCUUUGUGUCCUUGUGUAGGAGAAAUGCCAAAAGGAACAUCGUGCCGACCUAGUCUCUUUCCAUAGCAAGGAAGAAGUCUGUGCAAUUGCGAAAUUUGUUACCGGCUUCAGUGACAACAAAGAUGUUUGGAUAGGUCUCCACGAUCCUCAAAAGGUGAGUGCAGCAAGCUCCCUGGUGCUUAACGUCUUGGGAUGUUUCCAACACUCUUCUCUUCUGAAUUUCUCUCUGGAUUUUGGAAAUCAAAAACAAGAUCAAGUAAUUCAAAAGUGGAACUGAUGCACUGGAGAUCUCCAUGAUGGCAAAUAUCAGCCCAAUCUGUCAGAAAAUGCCACUCUCUGACCUAGAAAGCCUUCUCCAAUAAUUCCUUAUCUGUAAGAACUUUCUCUCUCAAGGUUGGGGAGAAACACAUACUGUAUUGGACUAGCUGUAAUGUGGAAGUGAGAGUGUCAAACUGGGUGCAGGAAGGCCCGGGUUCUAAUGUUGAGCCAGCCAGUCGCCAUCUAACCCAGGGAAGGGGAAUCUGUGGUCUUCCGGGUGUUGCUGGGCUUCGACACCCGUUGUUGGGAGUGAGCCAGCAAUAAAUCACACAGACUAAGUGAACUUAACUCUUUAUUUGAAGAAGUGGGAUCUGCUCAGGAGUGCCAGGCCUAAUGAGCACUACAACUCUUAUUCGGUACAACUUGUCGUUAUGAGGCAGUUGCGAAGAAUGGAGGCUUCCCACAGGUGCCCAACCCUCCUCCUCUCCUAGGUUUUCCCCAAGCAAUCUGAGACUGCGGCUGGGUGUCUGCCUUUGCAGCCAUGGGAAACACCCAUGCUUCUUCACCAGCCUGACUCAUCUCUGCCUCUUGGCCUCACUCCUCUCCUGCUUCUGUUUCUGCUGCAGCUUCCUGACUUCUCUCUGCCACAAACUCUCCCUGAUCACUAAACCCUGUUACCUCUUCAGCUUCUGACACCUCCUCCUCCUCCUCCCUCUGACCACUCAUCAUUGUCCCACCACCAAUCCCCUGUCUCUGAGCCUUCUUCCCUUGGAGGUUCUGCAGCUGGUUCCCCUUAUUCCUCCUCUGCAUCCAACCAGUCCAUGGCAGCCAUUAACCCCAGCCAGCAUGUCCAGUGCUCGGGAUGAUGAGUGUUGGAGUCCAACAGUACAGUGGUACCUCGGGUUAAAUGCUUAAUUAGUUCUGGAGGUCCAUUCUUAACCUGAAGCACCACUUUAGCUAAUGGGGCCUCCCGCUGCUGCUGCCCUGCCGGAGCACGAUUUCUGUUCUCAUCCUGAAGCAAAGUUAUUAACCCGAGGUAAUAUUUCUGGGUUAGCGGAGCCUGUAACCUCACCUCAUAGUGAUGUCAGGUGACGCUUCCCCUGGGAACCCCAGUGAGCAGGACUUCAAAGCAAACUGUGGGGCUUUCGAAGAGCCCUUUGUAAACACAGCACAAAGGGAUGUUUACAAAGGGCCGUUGAAUCCUGCAUCUGUGCUUCUCCAUCAAACCUUCACAGAGAUUUGAAGCAGAAAUGCAGAGAUUUGAAGGUGGUGGUGUUUGAAAGCCUUGAGCAUGGUGCAGUCCUAUUGCCCAUCAGCUGAUAGGAUGGGAAUGCAAUGCAUCAAAACUACCCAGAAUCUGAAGAAAAAGACCAAGUUGCUUAUUGGCUCCCAACCAAGGCAUAUCACAUUGCGGACCUCCUACUUAGCCGUAAACUCAAUGAAGUCAUACCACAGGUGUGGGAAAUCUUUGACCUCCCAAAUGCUGCUGAACUACAACUCCUAAGCUUCUGAAAGCAUGGCUAGUAGCCAGAGAUGGUGGGAAUGUAGUCCAAAAACAUAUUUGGGGUGUACAGAUUCCCAACCACAAUUUUAUUCCCAGGCAGACUGGUCUAGGACUGCAACCUUGGUAAGUUUCUGAGCCAUUCCACGAGCAUUCUCCAAAGUAUUCCACAUGGUUGAUUCCCCUAGUAACCACAUUUCUUGCCUUCCACCUGCAGGAUAACGUAUGGUGUUGGACUGAUUCCACCAGGUUUAACUUAUAUGCAUGGCUGGAUGACACACAGAGAAAGAAUGAAUACUGUGCGCUAUUGCUCCACGGCACAGGUAAGUGUGCUGGUGCUUUGGCAGAUGGGGACACAGGGAUUCAGGAAGGAGAAGAGCAAAAUAUGGCUGCUUUUGUGUACCUUCCAGCUCUAACAUUUGAGAGCUAAGAUUUAUGGGUGUUUCCUCUAAACAGCUGCAAAGCACUGCUUGGGUCAGAGGCGGGAAGGAUGCAGUUUGUAGCAAAAAAGUGGCUGGCACACCUAGACACUCCUCUUCUGUUGCAGCCUCUUCCCUCUGCCACAUUCACCCCAGCCAGGGUUCCAGGCAUGUGCUUGCUAGGUUGUUAAAGCAAGAGCAAAGGGGGAAGAGGAUUCCAGAGAAAAUGCUUUCAGCAAGUGAGGUAGCUGUUCACCACCUGCUGUUCUGUACAGCAAUUGUACUGUGAAAUUGCUUGGAGAUGCUUCCCAGGAUUCCUAAAUGACAUAAAGGACACCACCACCACUCCACUUAGCAACUGUUCAGUAGAGGCCUGACUUCCCAAAUCUGCCAGCUUUGUAGCUCAAACCAGUGGUAAUCCUGAUGGGCUUAAAGACUUUUGCCUGCCAGGAAAGGUGGCAUAUACAUCAACCAGGUGGCUAGCACAGGUAGUCAUAAUCACAUUUUUAAUAUGCUGCCACUGCGUCACCUUAAAUAUCCCGUGCUGCACUUGUGUAUGUCUGUGCAUUCACCUCCAGCCAAGGAGGCUAGAAAUUUAGCAAUUCUCAAAAUGCAAAAGUUUAAAUCAAAACCCAAAAUUCUCAGUUGCACAGAGGAUUGCAUUUUGCAUAUCACAUCUACAGCUUUGCUUUUAGCCUUUCUCCUAAGGAUGUAAUCAUGUGCUUGCAAAACUGUAAACAGAUAAUAACUCUUCUCGAAACUUAGAAGUAGUGCUGAAGAGCGGACAUUGGGCUGAUCCGUACUUACCUUUCCUCUGCGCUUCCCAGACACAGGGCUGCAUUUUAAGCUCUGUGUCUGAACUGCUGAAUUGGAGCAAACAGCACUCCGCAGAAAAUCCUAUUGCCAUUUGGUGUGCUUCAGCUUUAAAAAGCGGGUUUUUGUGGGGUAUGCUCCAGGGCAGGGAAAAGAGUGCUUGGACACAGAGUUGUGCCUGGAAAGCACAGCUCAAAAGGUAAGUGCACAUAAGCCCAUUGUCUGUGGUUUCUUAUUCUUGCUGCAGCCUGCAGUUUAGCCAGUUUUGCAGGUUUCUGUGGUGCUUCAGGCAAUACUUAUGACUUUUCCAGACAGCCUUUCUAGACAGUACAUUCAUGGUUAUUUCUGCUUGUGAUGGCACAGGGCAGUCUGACGAAAACCUGCUUUCAGUACUCUUUGUGCCUGAAAUGUUUUGGGGCAGAUAUCCUGCUUGGUUUGCAAUCAGCGCAUGUCCUGCAGCUUCCUGCUGAAAUCCUGUAGCUUUGUAUACUUCAAAUGUCCCAGGUUAUUGUUGUCUUGCCUUUGUUGCCCUGUGGUGCAAGAGUGGCCCCUCCAAAUGGCAAUGAAGCAACAACACCAGGGGGGCAUUGCAGAACAACUAACGUAUUUUUUGCACCAUAACACUCACUUUUUUCCUCCUAGAAAGUAAGGGGAAAUGUCUGUGCGUGUUAUGGAGGGAAUGCCUAUGGAUGGCAUGCCUACGGAUUUUCCUCCUCUAAAAACUACGUGCGUGUUAUGGUCGGGUGCUUGUUAUAGAGUGAAAAAUACGGUAAUAAAGCAAAAUGAUGCAUGGAUGGUCCACUAUAAAUGCACUGCUCAUGCAUCAGUGAUAUGUUGCAGAACACACCCAUGCAAAACCCCCAUUCUGGAGGAGCCCUCAGUGAAGAUGAAAAAAAGGAGCUGAGUCAGCCACUCAUGCUUAGCAUUUGAAAUCUCAGGAGCCGAAUUGGUGAACUUCCUCUAGGUCAAACAUUGUGUUUCUGGUGAUGGAUACAGCAAUUCUGACCAUGGUUUUGAUCUGUGACAGCUGUUUCAUACAUAUGCAUUUUCCAUAUAGGAAAAAAGACCCGCAUAGUAAUGUUCUAUUGCUUCAGAUGGGCACUGAAGACAGUUUCCCCCUUGACAAGCUUUGAGGAGGAUUGCUCCCAAGUGAAUUUCAUACCGUUAUCUCUCUUGACUUUAUUUUAUUAGACAGAAAACCCUUAUAUGUUUUUGUUCAUUGCGUGUGUUGUUUCUUAUGCAUUGUAAGUGAACCUGGAUAAUUCAUACAGAGGUGGAAUAUACAGUAUAUAUUAUUUCAAAAGAAAAUAAAUAUUUAAGGCUGUGGUCAUCUCACAUGAAUGUGUGAACUAGCCUUAAAAGGCCAUGGAGUGAACAACACUUUUCUAAUAAGACAGAAGACAGUUAAUAUUUUAAUUAUGAGUUUUAAUAACCUAUAUUGCAUGUUUAAUAUUUUGCAGUAUGUUGUCCAGAGAAUGUUUGUGGACGGGUAGCUAUAAACAUGUAAUUCAUAAAAUAAACAACCCUGGCAGGUUGCAUCCCAAGGAGAGCAUACAUCCUGCAACCCACAAAUCACCCUGGUAUCUCAGCUGCCUUAUUUUUCUUUCCGCAUAGAUUACAUUGCAUGGGACAGCAGAAAUUGUGAAACCAAGAGCCCCUACAUUUGUAGAAAGACACCACAAAUUAUCGUUCGUGAGUGCUAACAAGGAGGAACCCUGUCUGUCUGUCUAGAAGAACCUGCACCCAGAGGGAUGUCAACUCCUUCCAUGACUGCUAAACUCACCUGCUACUCAUCUAUAGGCUGAAAUCCCAAAUAAACAGUAGAACUUGCAACUCAAUGUGGCUGGGUGUGUCAUCUGUUACAAGACGGGGAAACGUAUUCCUUGAUUUUUCUUACCUAUUUUAUUUAUUUAAACAGUCAUAACCCUUACUUUUAUAAAGUGAUGGUGUACCCAGCAGAAAUAAUUUAGACAGCAAACAAUCUUGGGGGUUGAACCCAAUAACCUCUUGGGGGUUGAACCCAAGACAACAACCCUGUGAGGUGGGUCAGACUCAGAAGCAGUGCCUGGCCAAAGGUCACCUAGUAAACCUCAUGCCAGAGCUCCAGUCUCUCAGGUCUUAGCCUGACACAAACCACUACACCAUGUGGUACUGUGUUCUCUCAGUACCUUUGGGGGCAAAGAGCAGCAGAUGGAAGGAAAUAAAACCUGCCAAGAAAAUGGCAUGUUUCCAUGGGGCUUUUAUCUUUGUCCCACAGAGAGCGAGAAAAACCUGCCUUUAUUAUUGGAAAGUGUUUGAGUGGUGCUAGCAGAUGAGUUGUAGGAAACCCACAAGGCGUAUGCUGCCAACAUUGUACAGUAAACAGCGCUUGUACAGUAAACAGAAAAGUCCAUGAAGAGAAAAACAGCACAUUGUGCUUGCCUAUCAGGUAGAGAGGGACACAUAUGUCAAUUUCAGUUUCUUUCAUUUUCGCCUUUAUUCCAGUCUAUUUUCCCAGUCCAGUUUAGUCCCUCACAUCAGUUUCUGUGGUUUUUUAAAAAGUACUCAAGACAAUUGAUCAACAUUUUCCUUCAAAUUUAACCUACUGUGCAUAUUUUUGUGUGCAAUUUGCCCAUACACAAUGCCUGGUUGCUUCAAUAAAACCUUCCCAGGUGGAGGGAGUUUGGAAGAACCCCUCCGGAUUUCUGUAUAAAUAUAGCGUAACAGAGAUAUAAUGCAUGAAACCACAGCAUGGCCCAUGGGAUUUGUUUCUGGGUAGAAUAUAUAUGAGAGAAAACCAGCCAUGUUAUUCUGCGGUUGCAAAAACACAUUUAGAAUGAGCAAAAUGGUGAUUCUACCCAACAGGUGAGGCAAGGGUUGGUUCUACAACUGAGCUUGGCUGUGGACCAGAUUCUCCUUAUUGGGUGUCAUCCAGAUGUUGAACUACAACCCCAGGAGCCCCAGUCAGCUUGGUUGGAGAAGGUUACAGUAGGCAUACAGACUGAACUACUUGUCUCCUACUGCCACUCAACUGCCAUUCCUCCCCUUUUAUGGCCAUGUUAAACAAAGCUGCCAAUUAAGAAUCUCACUUCGUACAGCUGAUAAAGUGAACACUCUCUCUCUUUUGCACAGCUGGAGUUUGUUCAUAACUUGUAAACAGGUCCAUCAGGCUGUUCCCAAGGCUGCCAGAUUAGAUUAAAUCUUUAGGCCUUGAAUCAAUAUUGCUGCAGUUGAAUAAUGUUGAUUUUCAGGAGCUGAAGCUGCUAGCCUUGAACUCUGUUGCAGAAGAAGUUGAAUGGAUAUUGACAGUUUUCCAGAAACCACCGGGCAGCAGAGUCCCAGCUGUCUUUAGCGAGGCAAGAUAAAACUAUCUUGCAUGCCUCCCACCCUGCUUCUACUCUUGGGCUGGAAAACAGGGAACAUGGUCUUAAAACUGUAUAGGGAUGGGUGCGUCUGUCCAUUUUAGUUUCUCUCAAAUUUCCCUUCUUCCAUUCUGAAGUUCCAGUGAUGCCAACACUGGAUUGGGGGCCCUGCAUCCACCCACUCAAUCAAUCAAUCAAUCAAUCAAUCAAUCAAUCCAUACAUAUAUGCUUAUGUACAUUUAUUUACUUAGCCUAGUCUGCCUCACAGGGCUGUUGCAAAGAUAAAAAGAGGGGAGGACAAGACACACAACCUUGCGCUUCUGAGCUGAAUAGCAAGAUACAAAUAUACAACAAGAAGCAACAAAUGUUUGCUGUUUCAGAACUCUCAGCAAAAUAAACACAUUCGGGGGGGGGGGGGGAAGAAACACACCCCACAAUUUUAUCAACCUCAAUAAAGAAAAAGCCACAACCUACAGGAAUUUAACUUAGCUGUCAGGUGAGGCAAUGAUUUUAGGGCUGCAUUUGCUGAUUUGUUUUAUAUUUUACACUUUUGUUUUAUGGUUGUUGCAUAUGAAUCAAUAGCAGCCCAGUGAUGACAUGCAGGCCAGUAGUGGCUGUGUGGCUGACAUGAAAAACUGCAUUGGGGUGGGGUGGACACUGCAAAGUCAAGGAAUCAUACCAGUAUCAAGUAAGUCAUACUCAAGCCAGCCAAUUGCGUUUUCCACUGUAAAGGCAGUAUGCUUGAGCAGUGGAUAAAAUACUGUGGAUAUGGAGGACUGCACUUAAACAUGCAUCUAGCUAGCUUCCUCCUCCAUCCAGCAUCAGACUAGCAGCAAUAACAAGAUAUUUCUUUUUCCCCCCGUGCUGCUCUGGGAGUGUGUCUGGGAGACCCAGGCAGUGUCAUGGGCUGGCUGGAUACAGAGGAGUGGUGAGAGGCACCAGCUGGGGAACCCCCAAGGGAUCCCCCAGACUGAGAGCCAGGGGGUUGGGGGUGGGACAAUGAUGAGUGGUGGGGGGGAGAAGAGAGAGAAGACUGGGAGGAGGAGUUGAUGGAAACUGAAGAGGUAUCAGGGUUUAGUGAGCAGGAAGAGGCUGAGAAACAGAGCAGUCCUGAUUCAGAGGCAGAAGAAGAGGCUGGAGAGGAUCGGGCCAAGAGGCAGAGAUGAGGCCGGCUGCUGAAGAGUCCAGGGAGUCUCUCAUUCCUCCUCCGACCAGCUCCCCUUCCCCGGUCUCACAGAACACCAUGAGGAAUGAAGAGGGUGGAGCAAUGAGAGGCUAGACAAAGGAUUCUGAGAUUGCUUGUGAAGGACCCGGGGAGAAGUGCAAAUCUGAAGGAUGACUGUGUUUCAGUUAGCACAUCGGUAUUCAGUUAGCACAUUUCCCUGCUAUCAUACCCCUUGUCUUUGGAAGCCUUAUAAGAAGCUGCUGCAGGAGAGGGACACUGAGAAACAUCAUGGGAGGGGGGUUUCUAGGACCAAGGUGAAACCGUGAAGCUCCUUUGUUAUUUUUGCUAUUGGUGGCUGCAUGUAGUUUCAGUAAUCUUGUUAUGCAGGUGGGACCAUUUUGUGCAGGGGUUCCAUUCCUGACUCCCGCGCACAUAAGCCUGUCCUGCCCUGACCCCAUUCCUCCCCAUUUUCGGGCCACCUCCAGGUCAGCAGUGAUGAACGUGUGCAUGACUGCACAUCAAGCGGAUGCGAGUAAAAUUGUUGCUGUAACUUUGUUCUGAAAGAAAGAACAGGCCUCCUAUUUAUUUUCAUUUCAGACCAUAUAUCAUGUACUGUUUCUGAUCUUUUGCCUCAUUUACCUCAGGCUCUGGGGAUGCGGGUGGCGCUGUGGUCUACUCCACAGAGCCUAGGGCUUGCCAAUCAGAAGGUCAGCGGUUCGAAUCCCUGUGAUGAGGUGAGCUCCCGUUGUUCAGUCCUUGCUCCUGCCAACUUAGCAGUUCGAAAUCACGUCAAAGUGCAAAUAGAUAAAUAGGUACAGCUCCAGCGGGAGGGUAAACGGCGUAUCCGUGCGCUGCUCUGGUUUCACCAGAAGCAGCUUAGUCAUGCUGGCCACAUGACCUGGAAGGUGUCUGCGGAAAACGCCGGCUCCCUGGCCUAUAGAGUGAGAUGAGCGUGCAACCCCCGAGGUGUCCAUGACUGGACCUAAGAAGGGUUACCUUUACUUUACCUUUACCUCAGACUCUGGCCUUUGUCAACCCUAUUUUGUUGUAACUGGCAACAGGUCAAAUAUUUCUUCAAGCCACAAAAUGAACCUUUGAAAUGUACCUUUGAAUGGUCUUGAUUUUGAACAGUUCUCUGAUUGGAGGAGAGCAGCAUCCACCAGAGUUCAGUAACCUCGUUCCAAUUCUGUUUGGGGCACUCAAAUCAAGAGCGCUUCUCUUGGGAAGUCUUCUCUCCUGAGCCUGGCCAGCCUCUUUUUACAGAUCCUGCAAAAAAGAGGACACAGUGGUUCCAAGAAGGACCGUUAAAUACCGCCUUUCGCUGCUGCUUUUGAUCAUCCUGCCUUCCCGACCUGCGUUGGAGGGUGUGUUACCAAGAACUGGGUGUCUUUCCUUCCCCCUAUUUUUCAUCACUGGUCUUUAUUUGUAUUGUCCCUUGCUUUCCUUUUUCUGUUUCUCUUCUUUUUGUUCUUUCUUUUGAGUGCGAUAACUGGGCCUUUAUUAAUGUCCAGUGACUGUAGUCUCAUGGGGGUGGUAAAUGGUAGACGCCUGGGUGAGAGACAGGAAAAUGUCGGUCUCCCAGGUGAGAGGCUGGGAGGAGAAAUGAAGGAUUUCUGGUGAGAGCUGGGAGGAACUACGGUCCUCUGUGGGGGGUUAGGGCUAAGAAUUACUUUUAAGAGAGGGCUCCGUAUUCUGCUUACUUGAUUUGUAUUCUCGGUAGUUCUCAUUUUACUGUUUUAUUGAAUAAUUUAAAAUAAAAUCUUAAAAAACAACCAACCAACCAACCAACCAACCAACCAACCCAGAGAAGGCUGUCUUACUUCCUGCUGGAAAUGAAAAGGACAAGUUCAUUGCUAUCCUGUUUAUUUCAAUAGGGCUUCCUAUGUGACUGCCUGCCUUUAGAUCAGGGUCCCUGUUUAUGUUAAGAAAUAUUUCUUAACAGUAGUUAAUCCAAGCGAAGAUAAAUUCCUGAAGUACUCCAUGUGCCCUCUUCAUUGGAAACUACUGUUUCCCACCAGCUUCUGCCCCCUGGGGCUCUUUUGAGUAUGGACCACAGCUAACUCUUCAGUGACAAUUCAUAAUUAUAGGCACUAAUGGAAGCACUCCUAACUUAUUUACCUCAGAGUAAACUGCAUUGAAUUUGAUAGGACUCUCAGGGCAAUUCUAACUAUGUCUGCUCAGGGGUUAGUUUAAUUGACAAUGGAACUUGAAUUAGUCGUAACUAAUUUGUUCCUUUCUUUUCAGUGGGGAUUUUAGUGCCACUAAAGUGCACUGUAAGGUUUCAUACUAAGGAACGAGAGCUAAUCCACACCUCUGGCAAUAAAAUGGAAACUCCCCCCCACUCUCUUUCAGUCUCCAAUGUGGCCCUCACAGGAGAAGCUUUACAAUCCAGCACCUACAACCCGCAAGGAGGAGCUAUGAAUGCCAUUGAUGGGUCUUUAGUUGGUGUGUAGUGAUACAGAGGGAUCCUGCACCCACACAGAUUAUGAAAGUAAUCCAUGGUGGACGGUAGACUUGCAGGCGCAGUAUCAAGUAGUCCAUGUAAGCAUCACCAAUCGGGAAGACUGUUGUGCUCACCGUCUUAAUGGGGCUGAAAUCCGAGUUGGGGACUCCACAGAGAGAGGAGGCACCACAAAUCCUAGGUACUGUAUAUGGAUCGGAUACUUUCUAGUCAGGGAAGGGGAAGCUGCGGUCCUCCAGGUGUUACUGUAGUAGCACUCUCAUCAUCCUUAGCCAUUGUCCAUGUUGGUUAGGGUUGCGAUUUGGGAAUUCAAUUAUUUGGAGGGCCACAGGUUCCUUAUUCUGUCUUACACACUGAGAUGUCAUGAGGUACAAUUAUCUCUUUCUGCCCUGUUUUCGUCACAUCCAGGACUGUUUCCAUUCCACUGCAGUUCACUGUCUGCCAAAAGCUACAUUAUUUUGUUUUGCUGUCUGCUGUGGCAAAAUUACAUAAUUUAUGUAUCGUUAAUUCCGUACGUAAAUUAUAUAAGUUACAUUGUCCUAUGAUGCCACCCCACUCAUUUAAAUGUAAAGAAAAUGCAAUGCAAAUUGGGGGAUGUAAUGUAAUCAAAUAUUGUCUGUGGACUGAAAGAAGCCAAAACAGCAAACGCUGAUCGUAUUCACUGGAUCAAUUUCUGUUCCGCACAUGGAGUGAAUUUGUGAACAUUGGCCAUUUCCACUUCUGUUUUUGCAACAUCCUGUGGCAUCCCUGCUUUACAGGAUUAUGGCACAGGGAGAACAAUGUAGUGAAAAAGUUUCAGACAGUUCCCUAGCUAUUUGAGUUCUCCAAACAUAGCAAAUAUUUGCUCUCUUUCCUGAAAUUUUCAUGUGAUGUCACCUUUCUGAUAAAGUUCUUCAAUUAUUGUUUAGUACUGUUUCUUGAUGCUUUCUUUUCUUUUCUAGAUGUGCUAUAAUAAAUUCUUUGGAUGCUGGGGAAACACGCAGUUUUUACUGCGAAGCGUCAAAAGGGCAGUUUGUUACAAUUACCCUACCAAGGGGCGGAUACCUCACGCUUUGUGAAGUCCAGGUGUUUGGUCAGAAGAUAGAUUCCAGUGGUAAGUAGGAAAGAUAUUGGUAUCUGUUUAUGUGCAAAGAGACUGAGGCUGCAUACAUCCCAUGUACUUAAAGCACAUUUAACUGCAUGCUUCCCCCCCACCCCCCAAAAUUCCUGGGAUCUGUACUUUAUAAAAGGGUGCUGGGAACCAUAGCUCUGUGAGAGGUAAAUCACAGUUCCCAAGAUUCUUUACAGGAAGGUAUGUCCUUUAAAUGGAUGGUCUGUACCCAGCCUAAUAUACAGGAGAAACACAAUGUCUAUAAUGCUGACUUAUUCAUUAAUGGUCAUUCUGGAUGCUGUAGUAGCAGAUUUUCUUCACUGAGGUGUUGAAGCAGAUUACCUUUGAGGUUCCUCCCAGUGCUAUGAUUCUGCCAUGCCAGAGAUCCCUGGGAACCGUAGCGUUAUAUGAGGGAAUCUUUCAUUAAAGUAAUUUCCCCCACAAUUCUAUGGAGGAAGCCAUGACAGUUACAGCAUUAUAAUCCAUUCCAAACCCAGCACAGUAUUUUCUAAAACUUUCCCCCCUCUCCUCCCCUGUGACCCACACCUUCUUCAAAUCUGCUCUGCAGGGUUGAGAAAACACCCACGUGGUAAGAAUUUACUUCUACACUUCGACUGUGCUGAAUGAAUUACAUCAGCAGAUAAAGCUCAGCUAAGCCUUUUAUUUCUUUUUAUUAUAAAUUUCUUUGGCAGCUGACCAUGAGCCAGAGAAGAACAAGCCACUCACACCAGGAGAACAAGUUAACACUUCUGGUAAGUAGACCAUUGCAUACUGCUAGUUGGGAAGGAAUGUUGCUGGUGGUGUAGUCUUGUAAAUGUGGGUGCCAGUUUGGGCAUGAAUUAGCCACUUUUAAGCAAUUUCUGCAAUGUGAGUUCUUUAAAGUCACUCAGCGCUACUUCCUGAUAUCCGUUAACUCAAGGGAAGCUGUGGCUUUCCCGAUGCUGCUGAGCUCAUCCAUCCUUGGCCAUUGAACAGUAGUUUGUGUUGAUAGGAGUUGGAGUCUAACCAAUCUGGAGGGCCAUAGAUGCCCCAUCCCCACUUCAGCUGGAGAUGCUGGUGAAUUUAGGACUUGAGAAUUCAAGGCAUUUGCUUACCCACUGAUUGAUGGGCCCCCAACUUUAAUAAUAAGACUAGCACUUAUAAUUCAUUCAUAUAUUUAUUGCAGAUCCAUUUUGUAUAUUCUCAUCACCAUUGCUCAGUGAUUUAAGUGCAGACAGCUUACAUAAAAAAGAAACGAAAUAAGCAUUAUUAUUUUUUUUAAAAAAUCACAAUUGCCAAUAAAGAAAUGGUGAUGUUGGCAGGACUCAAUCUGAAAAAAAUGUACUACUAAAACAUGAACAUCCUAACCCUCUCAGUUAAAUAAAUGGAGAGGCUGCUUCUUGGUUUUAACAUCUAUUGCAUCGGCCACUCUUAGAGUCGAUCUGUAUCUCCUGUCCUCUCCCUUUGGAGGGACGAGCCUGGAAGCUUGGACUAUGUUGCCAACUGCCAGGACCCAAAGAAGACAAAUUGUGUCCCAUACAUACACAAUAUCCCAAAUUAUAUCAUACCUUAGUAAAGAUUUUAAUUGUAAGCCACUUUGAGAGCCGACUGUGGCUGGAAAGCAGGAUAGACAGAUGAUCAGUAAUAAAAUAAAUUGUUCAGCCUCACUCAUCAUGAGGACUGAUCCUGUUGACUGUAAUCUAUGAAAUUGGUAGUUUCCAAAAGAUAUUCUGGAGGAUGCUGUCAUUGCAUGGAAGCUUCCUAGGGGGUUUUCGGUGAGAAGUCUAGUAAUGGUGAACACAUCAUCUAGAUGGUGCACAAACUAAGAGCUUGUGGACUCUCCUUCCUUGGAGGUUUUUAAGCAAAGUUGGACAGCCAUCUGUCAGGGAUGCUUUAGUUGAUAUUCCUGCAUUGCAGGGGGUUGAUUUGAGGUCCCUUCCAGCUAUGAUUCUAGGAAUCCAAACAUCCCCAAGCAUCAGCUUCCUCAUCACUGCUAGUCUCUCCCUGCAUAAUGCAGCUAUAGGCAAGUGUUGAAUAUGGUUUCUUGGUGUGUAUGAAUAAUAUGUGUAUGAAUGACAUACAGAGUAAGAUAGACCUGUUGUAUUAACAGAGUAAGUAUUCAAGAGCAAGGGCAUCCAGCAUGGUCCCCUCAGAUACUAUGGACUCCAACUCCCAUCAGCCCUGGCAAGCAUCAUCAGCAGUCAAGCCUAUAGAAGUUAGUCCAAUGACAGCUGGGAGGUACCACAUUGCUGCAGAACGUGCUGUAGAAUUGUCUACACUUCUGCAUAGUUGAGCUAUGGCAUCUCGAUCACAAUAUGUAGUGAUGACCACUGUCGCAGAUGACUUUGAAAGGGGAUCCAAUAAAUUCAUGGAGGAUAAGGCCAUCAAUUGCUACUAGCAAUGAAGGCUGUAUAUUGCACCCGCAUUCCAGACAAUAUGUUGGGGAGCAUGGGGAGUGCUGCUACACUCAUGUUCUGCUUGUAUUGUGGCUUUCCAUAGGCAACUGGUUGGCCAUUGUGAGAACAGGAUGCUGGAGUAGAUAGCCCUUUGAUCUGAUCCAGCAAGGCUCCUCUUAGGAAGUUUAACUGCAAAGAAAUGAUUGAGCAAAAUGUUCUGUGUCUCUUGCUGAUAUCAUUGAUCCUUUUGGCCUAAAUAUUGGUGGGGCUCCCAUACUUCCAUGUGCCAUAUCUCUGCUGGGGUCAUGCCAUUGAUUAAUGCUCUAGUUGCUUUGCAGGUGUGCUACAAUCAACAGCAUGGGGCGUGGGGAAACCAUGGCCUUCACCUGUGCAGGGAUGCAGGGCCAGUAUGUGACCAUUACAAUCCCAGGGAGAUAUGAGUUCCUCUCACUCUGUGAAGUGCAAGUUCUCGCACACCCAUGGCUCCAUGUGGGUGAGUAGAUGGCCUCUGUUGUGGAUUUGAUGUGCACAGCAAAGGAACGUGCUGCUCAUGCGAUGUGGGCGAACCAAAUCACUGAUUGUUAGAAAACCCCAUGUGGAGGAGCAGCUGCUGGGUGACUUUGGGCCAGUCACACUUCUUUGAAGUCUCUCAGCCCCACCUACCUCACAGAGUGUUUGUUGUAGGGGAGGAAGGGAAAGGAGAAUGUUAGCCGCUUUGAGACUCCUUAAAGGGAGUGAAAGGUGGGAUAUCAAGAGGAGAGUGUUUCCCCAAUGAUUUCUCUUCUGAAUUUUCUUUACAAAGCCAUUGAGGAGGACACCAUGCUUUUAAGAAGAACCUCCGUAUCUGUGGCAUUUUAUCUCUGCCUGCUGCUUAUGACUCCUCUGCCAAUGCGAACUUUCCAAGAAGGUAUGUUUCUGAGCUUGGGCAUCAAUUUCCCCCUUUUCUUCUCUCCUUUUCAGUGAUUCCACCAACAGCAAGAUUCCAUUUAUUUAUUUAUUGCAUUUACACCCACCUGUUUCUCCAAGGGGCUCAACGUGGCAUACGUGGUUCUCCUCAUUUAAUCCUGUGAGGGAGGUAAGGCUGAGACGCAGUGUCUGGCCCAAGGUCACCCAGUCAGCUUCAUGCUGAGUGGGGUUUUGAACUCUGGUCUGCCAGGUCCUACUCUGAUACUCUAACCACUGUACCAAAUUGGCUCUCUUUCAGAGGCUCAUCAGCCCACAGGUACGUACCAAUUCACAGCACUCUCGGUAUCUCUCCAAAUCUGAACUACCGCAGAGUGUUUCUCUGCUCUCCCCUGACUAGCUGAAGUGUAUUUUACUUCCCAAAGCAGUUGGGGGUGGAGGGAAGGAAGGGAGCCUUCCAGGGCAUCACAGGAAACCUCAGCCAUGAGCUCUUGAUGGGGGCAAAGGACCAACCAGCCAUUCCUGCCUAAAUGGCCACUGGGAAGGUGUCCCAAGGGGAAAGGAUAGAUGGGAUCUUCCCUUCUGAAAUGUGAAACAGAGCUCUAACAUCAGAGUGGUAGAUCUGAUGCCAAAACCUCCCUUACUCUCUCUGCCACUGGCUCUUUCAAAGCGCUGGCCUUACUGGCACUGGCUCUACGGCUUCAGAAGGGCUGGGAAGGGGGCAUUCUGGUAAGCAAUGUGGAUCCGAAACAUCCUAAGUCAUCCUGGUCCUCUAACACACCAUUAAAAUGGGAAAAUAUUGAGUCAUGUUCCUGAGUGUGACUAAAUCUCCCCCUCUCCUUUGGAAAACAUUUUUUUUUAAUGGUAAUGUGAUAAAAGGAGAGAGGAGUGCAUGUGUGUUCAAGCCUAUUUCCACAGUAAGAGAAUAAUAACCUGCGCUACAGCUCUAGGAGUCUCUCUUAGCCAGUCAAUCAGAUUUUUAUUGUUUGUGGUCAAUGGACACUGCAAUAUUAUCUAAUAACUCUGCCGCUCAUUGCAGGAUUCACUUGCCCAGAGAACUGGUUGAAGCGUGAAGGAAACUGUUAUGGCUACUUUGAGGAACCUGUGACCUUUGCACAGGCUAGGGUAAGAGAUGGUUUAUCAUUGUAUUAGCUGUGCAUAUGAGGAGUCAACAUCCCUUUCCUCUCUGUGAAAAUAGAGACUGGACAGGAAGGUGCUGGAAGGAUGGAGUUUGGCCUGGCUAUACCAAGGCCGGUGGCCAUUGAUGGAGCUCAUGGUUUGGCGCACUCCCUGUGUGACAGGAAUCACUUUGUGGCACAGCGUGGCUGGCUCCACACAAUGCGGGAAAUCCCACAAGACCUCAACUUGCUCGCAUUGCAUGGUCUUGCGUGAGUUCUGGGAGCGGGUGGAAAGGAGACCUCCUUAAAGAAGGUUGCUGUGCCUCAGGUCAGUCCUUUCCUCAACGAGUUUCAGAUAAGAAGGCACAACAAUCUGUAGGGAGAGUGCAGAACUUCAGAGGUUGGUAUCAGGGUUGUGGGGCGUCAGGAGUGAACCUACUCUACACUGGAUUAUCAGUUUAUUUACUCAAAGCAAAAGGGUAGUAUUGCCAAAGAGUAGAUCCCUAAUGCACAAUAUUAAUCCAGUAAUUUUAAGGCAGAAGAAAUAGUAAUGAAUAUAAUAAAGAACAAUUAUCAUUAUUAUUUAUUACAUUUGUUAGUUGCUUUAUCUUGCCCAGGGCAACCCAAAGUGACUUACAACCAACCAACAAACCAGCCAGAUCAAAAAACACCAUAUAGAUACAUUAGAACCAAGAGGAAAAAGAAAUACAUGAAAAAUAUUCCAUCCACUUCUAAAAGGCUACAGACAGUUGAAGGCCCAAGGACUGGUUAUAGAGGAAAGUUUUUGCCAGGCACAAAAUCAUGACUUUUCAGGCUUCGUAGCAUUUAUCUGUUUCUCUUUCAUUCUUCUGCAUUAUUGUUUUAAUGUAAAAAAAAGAUGAAAAAUGGAACAAGGGCAAAACUGGUAUUAAAUUAUGAGCACUUGGCACUAGUGUUUGCAUAGGGCUGGAAGGCUUAUCCUGCAAAGGCUAAACUGCAACCGGGGCAACUUAAUUGAUAAAAAGAAAGAAAGAAAAAAGAAGCUAAACCUGACUCUGUUGAUAGCUGAGCUCUAGCUGUUGCAGCAAGCAAACCUUUGUUCAGUUUUGGUAGAGGAUGAUUUGAUUAAAAAAGAAAGUCAAAGCUAGCAGCUGGGGACUGUGUCUAGAAGCUGGUGCAACCCAUAGAGUGAAUGGCAUUCUUUGUGUCCUUGUGUAGGAGAAAUGCCAAAAGGAACAUCAUGCCGACCUAGUCUCCUUCCAUAGCAAGGAAGAAGUCUGUGCAAUUGCGAAAUUUGUUGCCGGCUUCAGUGACAACAAAGAUGUUUGGAUAGGUCUCCACGAUCCUCAAAAGGUGAGUGCAGCAAGCUCCCUGGUGCUUAACGUCUUGGGAUGUUUCUAACACUCUUCUCUUCUGAAUUUCUCUCUGGAUUUUGGAAAUCAAAAACAAGAUCAAGUAAUUCAAAAGUGGAACUGAUGCAUUGGAGAUCUCCAUGAUGGCAAAUAUCAGCCCAAUCUGUCAGGAAAUGCCACUCUCUGACCUAGAAAGCCUUCUCCAAUAAUUCCUUAUCUGUAAGAACUUUCUCUCUCAAGGUUGGGGAGAAACACAUACUGUAUUGGACUAGCUGUAAUGUGGAAGUGAGAGUGUCAAACUGGGUGCAGGAUGGCCCGGGUUCUAAUGUUGAGCCAGCCAGGCGCCAUCUAACCCAGGGAAGGGGAAUCUGUGGCCUUCCGGGUGUUGCUGGGCUUCGACACCCGUUGUUGGGAGUGAGCCAGCAAUAAAUCACACAGACUAAGUGAACUUAACUCUUUAUUUGAAGAAGUGGGAUCUGCUCAGGAGUGCCAGGCCUAAUGAGCACUACAACUCUUAUUUGGUACAACUUGUCGUUAUGAGGCAGUUGCGAAGAAUGGAGGCUUCCCACAGGUGCCCAACCCUCCUCCUCUCCUAGGUUUUCCCCAAGCAAUCUGAGACUGCGGCUGGGUGUCUGCCUUUGCAGCCAUGGGAAACACCCAUGCUUCUUCACCAGCCUGACUCAUCUCUGCCUCUUGGCCUCACUCCUCUCCUGCUUCUGUUUCUGCUGCAGCUUCUGGACUUCUCUCUGCCACAAACUCUCCCUGAUCACUAAACCCUGUUACCUCUUCAGCUUCUGACACCUCCUCCUCCUCCUCCCUCCGACCACUCAUCAUUGUCCCACCACCAAUCCCCUGUCUCUGAGCCUUCUUCCCUUGGAGGUUCCGCAGCUGGUUCCCCUUAUUCCUCCUCUGCAUCCAACCAGUCCAUGGCAGCCAUUAACCCCAGCCAGCAUGUCCAGUGCUCGGGAUGAUGAGUGUUGGAGUCCAACAGUACAGUGGUACCUCGGGUUAAAUACUUAACUAGUUCCGGAGGUCCAUUCUUAACCUGAAGCACCACUUUAGCUAAUGAGGCCUCCCGCUGCUGCUGCCCUGCCGGAGCACGAUUUCUGUUCUCAUCCUGAAGCAAAGUUAUUAACCCGAGGUAAUAUUUCUGGGUUAGCGGAGUCUGUAACCUGAAGCGUAUGUAACCUGAAGCGCAUGUAACCUGAGGUACCACUGUAUAUGCCAUAAAUUUCUUAUCACUGAAAGAACUUCAUAGGUCAGCAGGGAGGAGAAUUUGGUUUGAUCUACAUUUUUAAGUGAACUGAUCAAAUUCACACCUCUUGGGCCAAUAUAUAAAUUAUCCUUUGGCUCUCACACUUCUGGUGGAAACACUGGUGCCUGCUGGUGUUGUGUUGGCAACCCCUAUGGAAAAUGAAGAGCACAGGCCUCCAAAACAUAUCUGCCCUUUACAGCAGAGUGGGGCGGGGCAGGGGGAACGUUUCUGGCUGGAGAGGGUCAGAUCUUUAUCUUCCCCACUCCUCUCAGGACAAAGAUGGCAGGUGGGCAACCUGCCAAUCACCUCACCUCAUAGUGAUGUCAGGUGACGCUUCCCCUGGGAACCCCAGUGAGCAGGACUUCAAAGCAAACUGUGGGGCUUUCGAAGAGCCCUUUGUAAACACAGCACACAGGGAUGUUUACAAAGGGUCGUUAAAUCUGCACCUGUGCUUCUCCAUCAAACCGUCACAGAGAUUUGAAGCAGAAAUGCAGAGAUUUGAAGGUGGGGGUGUUUGAAAGCCUUGAGCAUGGUGCAGUCCUACUGCCCAUCAGCUGAUAGGAUGGGAAUGCAAUGUCCUGCAUCAAAACUACCCAGAAUCUGAAGAAAAAGACCAAGUUGCUUAUUGGCUCCCAACCAAGGCAUAUCACAUUGCGGACCUCCUACUUAGCCGUAAACUCAAUGAAGUCAUACCACAGGUGUGGGAAAUCUUUGACCCUCCAAAUGCUGCUGAACUACAACUCCUAAGCUUCUGAAAAUAUGGCUGAUAACCAGAAAUGGUGGAAAUGUAGUCCAAAAACAUCUUGGGGGGGGGGGUACAGAUUCCCAACCACAAUUUUAUUCCCAGGCAGACUGGUCUAGGACUGCAACCUUGGUAAGUUUCUGAGCCAUUCCACGAGCAUUCUCCAAAGUAUUCCACAUGGUUGAUUCCCUUACUAACUGCAUUUAUUGCCUUCCACCUGCAGGAUAACGUAUGGGAUUGGACUGAUUCCACCAGGUUUAACUUAUAUGCAUGGCUGGAUGACACACAGAGAAAGAAUGAAUACUGUGCGCUAUUGCUCCACGGCACAAGUAAGUGUGCUGGUGCUUUGGCAGAUGGGGACACAGGGAUUCAGGAAGGAGAAGAGCAAAAUACGGCUGCUUUUGUGUACCUUCCAGCUCUAACACUUUGAGAGCUGAGAUUUAUGGGUGUUUCCUCUAAACAGCUGCAAAGCACUGUUUGGGUCAGAGGCGGGAAGGAUGCAGUUUGUAGCAAAAAAGUGGCUGGCACACCUAGACACUCCUCUUCUGUUGCAGCCUCUUCCCUCUGCCACAUUCACCCCAGCCAGGGUUCCAGGCAUGUGCUUGCUAGGUUGUUAAAGCAAGAGCAAAGGGGGAAGAGGAUUCCAGAGAAAAUGCUUUCAGCAAGUGAGGUAGCUGUUCACCACCUGCUGUUCUGUACAUCAAUUGUACUGUGAAAUUGCUUGGAGAUGCUUCCUAGGAUUCCUAAAUGACAUAAAGGACACCACCACCACUCCACUUAGCAACUGUUCAGUAGAGGCCUGACUUCCCAAAUCUGCCAGCUUUGUAGCUCAAACCAGUGGUAAUCCUGAUGGGCUUAAAGACUUUUGCCUGCCAGGAAAGGUGGCAUAUACAUCAACCAGGUGGCUAGCACAGGUAGUCAUAAUCACAUUUUUAAUAUGCUGCCACUGCGUCACCUUAAAUAUCCCGUGCUGCCACUUGUGUAUGUCUGUGCAUUCACCUCCAGCCAAGGAGGCUAGAAAUUUGGCAAUUCUCAAAAUGCAAAAGUUUAAAUCAAAACCCAAAAUUCUCAGUUGCACAGAGGAUUGCAUUUUGCAUAUCACAUCUACAGCUUUGCUUUUAGCCUUUCUCCUAAGGAUGUAAUCAUGUGCUUGCAAAACUGUAAACAGAUAAUAACUCUUCUCGAAACUUAGAAGUAGUGCUGAAGAGUACUUCAGCACUACUGUACUUACCUUUCCUCUGCGCUUCCCAGACACAGGGCUGCAUUUUAAGCUCUGUGUCUGAACUGCUGAAUUGGAGAAAACAGCACUCCGCAGAAAAUCCCAUUGCCAUUUGGCUUUAAAGAGCGGGUUUUUGUGGGGUAUGCUCCAGGGCAGGGAAAAGAGUGCUUGAACACAGAGUUGUGCCUGGAAAGCACAGCUCAAAAGGUAAGUGCAUGUAAGCCCAUUGUCUGUGGUUUCUUAUUCUUGCUGCAGCCUGCAGUUUAGCCAGUUUUGCAGGUUUCUGUGGUGCUUCAGGCAAUACUUACGACUUUUCCAGACAGCCUUUCUAGACAGUACAUUCAUGGUUAUUUCUGCUUGUGAUGGCACAGGGCAGUCUGACGAAAACUUGCUUUCAGUACUCUUUGUGCCUGAAAUGUUUUGGAGCAGAUAUCCUGCUUGGUUUGCAAUCAGCGCAUGUCCUGCAGCUUCCUGCUGAAAUCCUGUAGCUUUGUAUACUUCAAAUGUCCCAGGUUAUUGUUGUCUUGCCUUUGUUGAAGGUGGUGCAACAGUGGCCCCUCCAAAUGGCAAUGAUGCAACAACACCAGGGGGGCAUUGCAGAACAACUACCGUAUUUUUUGCACCAUAACACUCACUUUUUUCCUCCUAGAAAGUAAGGGGAUAUCGGUCCUGGAGGUUCUGCUGAAUAUGAUUAGAAGGGACCGGUUGGUUAAAGGUAUACAGGUCGGAGCCGAACAGUACAAACUGAGAGCAUUUGCAGAUGACUUAGUAUUGACAUUACAGGAGCCAGAAUCUAGUACUAAAAGGGUUUUAGAAUUAAUUCAAGAAUUUGGUCAAGUGGCAGGAUUUAAAUUGAACAAGCUAAAAACUAAGGUUUUAGAGAAAAAUUUAACACCAAUGGAGAGAGAGAGGUUUCAGAAUGAGACAGGCCUGACUGUGGUUAAGAAAGUGAAAUACCUGGGGAUUAAUAUGACAGCCAAAAAUGGGAACUUAUUUAAAGAUAAUUAUGAAAAAUGUUGGACGGAAGUGAAAAAAGAUUUAGAAAUCUGGUCAAAUUUGAAGCUUUCACUGUUGGGUCGUAUUGCUGUGAUAAAAAUGAAUGUAUUGCCUAGAAUGUUGUUUUUGUUUCAGACAUUGCAAAUUGUGGACAAGAUGGACUGUUUCAAGAAGUGGCAGAGAGAUAUUUCUAGAUUUGUCUGGCAGGGCAAGAAGCCCAGAAUAAAAUUUAAGAUAUUAACUGAUGCAAAGGAAAGAGGUGGAUUUGCCCUGCCAGACUUUAAACUUUAUUAUGAAUCAGCAGCUUUUUGCUGGUUGAAAGAAUGGCUACUUCUUGAAAAUACAGACAUUUUGGAUUUAGAAGGUUUUAACAACGUAUUUGGAUGGCAUGCAUAUUUAUGGUAUGAUAAGGUCAAAGCACAUAAAGCAUUUAAAAAUCAUAUUGUCAGGAAAGCACUGUUUAAUGUUUGGAUAAGAUACAAGGAUUUAUUGGAAAAUAAAACCCCAAGGUGGUUGUCACCGAUGGAAGCGAAAGCUCUGAAAAGGCUCAAUAUGGAGGCCAAAUGGCCGAAAUAUUGGGAAAUUUUGGAACAAGAAGGAGACAAAUUGAAAUUGCAGAGUUUCGAGAAACUAAAAACAAAGUGAGAGAUUGGCUUCAUUAUUAUCAGAUAAUGGAGGCAUAUAAUUUGGAUAAGAAAAUUGGCUUCCAGGUGGAAAAAUCAAAACUAGAAACAGAACUGUUAGAACCCAAAACUAAGAAUUUGUCAAGAAUGUAUAACUUGCUGUUGAAAUGGAAUACUCAGGAUGAAACGGUGAAAUCUGCUAUGAUUAAAUGGGCACAAGAUGUUGGACAUAAUAUUAUGUUUGCUGACUGGGAACAGUUAUGGACCACAGGUAUGAAGUUUACGGCAUGUAAUGCCCUAAGAGAGAAUAUUAUGAAAAUGAUAUAUAGGUGGUACAUGACCCCAGUCAAGCUUGCAAAAAUCUAUCAUUUGCCCGACAAUAAAUGCUGGAAAUGUAAAGAAACUGAAGGUACAUUCUUUCACCUUUGGUGGACGUGCCCAAGGAUUAAGGCUUUCUGGGAAAUGAUAUAUAAUGAACUGAAAAAGGUAUUUAAAUAUACCUUCUUGAAGAAACCAGAGGCCUUUCUUCUGGGCAUUGUCGGCCAAUUGGUGCCAAAGAAGGACAGAACUUUUUUUUAUGUAUGCCACAACAGCAGCAAGAAUACUCAUUGCAAAGUAUUGGAAGACACAAGAUCUACCCACUUUGGAAGAAUGGCAGAUGAAGGUGAUGGACUAUAUGGAAUUGGCAGAAAUGACUGGCAGAAUCCGAGACCAGGGAGAAGAGUCGGUGGAAGAAGAUUGGAAGAAAUUUAAAGACUAUUUACAGAAAUAUUGUAAAAUUAAUGAAUGAUAGAAUGAUGUUGGAUAGUAAUUAAGCGGUUUCCAGCUGUAAUGUUCUAAGAGAAUAUGAAAAAGGGUUAUAAAUGGGUUAAAAUCUAAUGGUAAGGAUUUGCUGAACCAAUAAAUUGAAGUGGAAUACAAAAAGGGAGGUACGAGGAGGUCCGGGAAACAAGCUAAAGGAAAAUAAGUAAUAGAAAAUAUGUGUGUUUUUAACUGUUUUUAUUUUGUAUUUUUCUUUUUUCAUUUUCAUUUUCACUGUAAUAUUUCAAAAAACCUUAAUAAAUAUCUUAUAUAAAAAAAAGAAAGUAAGGGAAAUUGUCUGUGCGUGUUAUGGAGGGAAUGCCUAUGGAUGGCAUGCCUACGGAUUUUCCUCCUCUAAAAACUACGUGCGUGUUAUGGUCGGGUGCGUGUUAUAGAGUGAAAAAUACGGUAAUAAAGCAAAAUGAUGCAUGGAUGGUCCACUAUAAAUGCACUGCUCAUGCAUCAGUGAUAUGUUGCAGAACACACCCAUGCAAAACCCCCAUUCUGGAGGAGCCCUCAGUGAAGAUGAAAAAAAGGGGCUGAGUCCACCACUCAUGCUUAGAAUUUGAAAUCUCAGGAGCCGAAUUGGUGAACUUCCUCUAGGUCAAACAUUGUGUUUCUGGUGAUGGAUACAGCAAUUCUGACCAUGGUUUUGAUCUGUGACAGCUGUUUCAUACAUAUGCAUUUUCCAUAUAGGAAAAAAGACCUGCAUAGUAAUGUUCUAUUGCUUCAGAUGGGCACUGAAGACAGUUUCCCCCUUGGCAAGCUUUGAGGAGGAUUGCUCCCAAGUGAAUUUCAUACCGUUACCUCUCUUGACUUUAUUUUAUUAGACAGAAAACCCCUAUAUGUUUUUGUUUGUCACGUGUGUUGUUUCUUGUGCAUUGUAGGUGAACUUGGAUAAUUCAUACAGAGGCGGAAUAUACAGUAUAUAUUAUUUAAAAAGAAAAUAAAUAAUUGAGGCUGUGGUCAUCCCACAUGAAUGUGUGAACUAGCCCAAAAAGGUCGUGGGGUGAACAACACUUUUCUAAUAAGACAGAAGACAGUUAAUAUUUUAAUUAUUAGUUUUAAUAACCUAUAUUGCCUGUUUAAUAUUGUUUUGCAGUAUGUUGUCCAGAGAAUGUUUGUGGACGGAUAGCUAUAAACAUGUAAUUCAUAAAAUAAACAACCCUGGGAGGUUGCAUCCCAAGGAGAGCAUACAUCCUGCAACCCACAAAUCACCCUGGUAUCUCAGCUGCCUUAAUUUUCUUUCUGCAUAGAUUAUAUUGCAUGGGACAGCAGAAAUUGUGAAACCAAGAACCCCUACCUUUGUAGUUCGACACCACAAAUUAUCGUUCGUGGGUGCUAA